AUUUGUAAAAUUCAUUUUAUACAUAAAAUAUUAAUAUCACUCGAACCGUGAUAUAUAAUGUGCAUGAAAACAGAUUUUGAGUAUUAUGUCAAUGUCCGUCUGCAAAUUGUACGUUGGUACGAACGUCAAGUAUGUUCGUGUGAACAAAAAGACGUGCAGCAGUAAGUUAACAUUUUAUAUAAUAUUUGCAGCGAAGAUUUCCACGUAAUGAAUAAACCAGGCACGCAAAAUGUAGCUUACCUCACCAGUAAUCUGCAAUUGCACACGGACUUACCAUAUUACAGUUACAAUCCAGGCGCGAAUCUUUUACAUUGCAUUGUGCAAGUUCCAACUAAAGGCGGCGAAAACAUGUUGACCGACAUCUAUUACGUAGCGGAAAAGUUGCGAGUUGAAAACAAAGAGGUUUUCGACAUCCUCACACAGACUGACAUCAACUGGUUGGACAUCGGUGAAGAAGAUGGCAUCACCUUCCACAAAAUCCUCAGAACGCCGAUGAUUAGCUUGGACAAAGAGGGAAAAGUGUGUGGCGUAAGACAUUCGAUCCCGCAGAGGGAUUCCCACUUUACAGUUGAGUUGGAGAACGUGAAACCUUGGUACAAAGCGUUCAAAACUUUCGUGACUAUGGCCAAUGCACACGCGGCGAUGUUCAAAUUGAAGCCAGGUGAUAUUUUGGCUUUCGAUAAUACCAGGUUAGUGCACGGAAGGCUCGGAUACGAAGACACGGAUGAUAUUAAGAGGCAUUUGGUGGGUCACUUCAUCGAUUGGGACGAGAUUUACUCGAGGAUGAGAGUGCUGAAGAGGAAAUUGGGCAAAGCCACAUUCUACUGAGUAGGAUGAACAAAAGAAAACUCGCAUCAUAUUUUCUCAAUUUCCAUCGAAUCGAAAAUCAAUAUUUAUUUGUUAGUUAUUACUUCAAUUUUUUUUUCCUCUGUUUCCUUUAUUUUUUUUGAAUGGAUUACAUUUACAAUAAAAUAGCAUUCACUUCAUCAACCAAUAAAUCCUAUUUAUAUCUUA